AUCCAGCUCAACCAGGUUUUGAGGGCGACGACCCUGCCGUGUAUCUGGACGCUUCUGAUGCUAAGUUCGUAGACAUUAUCCAUACCAAUGCAGAUCCUUUUGUGCCGAACGGGGGAUUAGGAUUCAUACAGCCAACUGGACAUGUUGAUUUUUACAUGAAUGGUGGCAGGAGUCAGCCAGGAUGUCCCGGAGUCAAAAGCAAGACUGGACCAAUAACGUUAAUCAUCAACACAGUGGCCGAACUCCUAUCAACGCCGAUUGAAAUGUUGGUGUAUUACGCAUCUUGCAGUCACGGGCGUUCUUACGAAUAUUUCAUCGAGGCAUAUACGAGCAAUUGCACAUUUUGGGGUCGAAAGUGGAAUCCAAACACGCCGGAACCACCUGAAGAAGCUUGCAGGCCUGACACUUGCUCUGCACUGGGGCAAUACACUGACUUACACUCAGCAAGAGGAUCAUUCUACGUCACAACCAAUCAAAAUCCUCCUUUUUGCAUACAACCACCAGAUGUAUCAUUAGACAGAUUGAUAAACAAUGUUAAAGUUAGCUGAAAUUCAAAUAUUACUGAUGAAUACGUCUGAGGAAUCUUUGUGAAAAUAAAUAAAUACCUACUUCUAAAAAUGAAAAA